AAGUGAGAUGAGUAAUAUUUUCAGAAUUAAUUACAAUGGUGUCAACUUUUCGUGCAACCGCACCUAUUUGAGUUUAGGUUGCAAACGGUAUUUUAAACACAUGAUGAACUACAACCAAAAUUCUAUGGAUAGCAAAGCUCUCUUUGAAUCACUAGAUAAACUGCAAGAAACUGUCUUCCGCGUGCCCAUAAACAUCGGCGAUAAUAGUAUUGUUAGCAGCGAUGAGCAGCUACAGGUGCAUCCUCACAAUCAUAGACGUACGCUGGUAAAAUUUUAUUACGCCAACACGCAACAGAUUAAACUUGGUAUUGAAACAGCAUUGUGCAGUAAAAAAUAUUGGCAAGGUACCAAUCUGAAGGAAAGAGCAGAAAUCUGGCGAAAAUGUGCCGAUAUCAUCGCAGAAGAAGACCGUCAUAUGCUGAAUGCCGCAAUUAUGUUAGGACAAGCAAAAACACCGAAAGAAGCUGAGAAAGAUACUUUCCAGUUAAUUGGCUUGUUACGAAAAAGUGCAGACUAUAUAAUGCGCCUAUCCAAAAUUAAUCUUAGCAAUAGUAAUCCUGAACGAAUCAAAACAAAAUAUUUCCAGCGUCCAUUAAACGGAUUUGUCACGGCCAUUUCACCAUUCAAUCAUAACAACUUUUCUGCUCACCUGGCACUAAGCCCCGCACUUAUGGGCAACUGUGUGCUUUGGAAGCCUUCCAGCAAUAGUAUAUAUUCUGAUUACUUGAUUUGGAAAGCUACAAAGAAAGCUGGUUUGCCUCCAGGUGUUCUAAAUUUCAUACCAUGUAAUGGCAACUUAUUUGUGGACGUAGUUACUAAAUCACCUUAUUUUGGUGGCCUUAAUUUUGCCGGAAGAACGACAAAUUUUCAUAACAUAUUUAAUGUUACUUAUCUACGAAUUAAAAAUUUCAAAAGUUAUCCACGUAUGGUGGCCGAAUGCAGUACGAAAAACUUCCAUUUUGUCCACGAAAGUGCGGAUGUGAAUGUAGUAGCUGAAGCAACUGCCCAAGCAGCCUUUGAAUAUUCCGGCCAAAAAUGUUCAGCAUGUUCGUGCAUUUACGUUCCAGAAACGCUAUGGAUUCAGCUAAAAAAAGAACUAUUAGACCAGAUAGCCUGUAUAAAGGUGGGAGAUCCAUGUGAUUUCACAUCAGUAACAUCGGCCGUAAUCAGCGAACUUGCAUAUGAGCGCAUUAUAAAAUAUAUAAAGAGAGCCAGCGAUGAGUCAAAAUGUCAGAUUAUAUAUGGUGGAAAUUAUUGUAAAUCUCAUGGAUACUUUAUAGAACCAACAGUGGUGGUUUGUAACGACCCUUUGGAUCCCCUAAUGACACAAGAUAUCUGCGGACCAGUACUAAGUGUCUAUCUGUAUAGAAAUAACGAGUUAGAUAAGAUCGUAAACUUGUUAAUAAAAGAAUCAAGAUAUGCCUAUACUGCGUCAGUAUUUGCCGAGUCAAAAAUUGCCCAUAAACUAAUUGAGAGAUUAAGCUCUGUAUCAAAUAACUUUUAUAUCAAUGAAAGUUGUAUAGGAAAUAUUAUGGGACACCCUAAAUUCAGUGGAAGCCGUCUUUCCGGCACUAAUGAUCACAAAAGCUCAAAAUUUUAUUUUAUGCGUUGGGCAUGUCAACAAUUAAUUGAAGAGGCUACAUGAAGUAAUUUAAAUUGUAUUUAUUUUUUGUCCAAUUUUUUUGUUUCGUAAUUCGAACGAGCACGUUUAUUAACUAAUUCUAUGAACAAAAUACUAAAAAUAAAGACAUAUGUAUGCAUAUAUCAUCUUAUUGAUUACACGUUUCUGUGUAACCACAAAUUUUAUAUA